AUGGAGAAGACACGGAACCUCUUCGUCGGCCUAACGGGAAAAGAGAAGGUCGGAUUUCUUGAUACGUCUCAGUCGUCACUCUAUGUUGCUGCAGCGGCCAUUGCAUUCAACCCAAUCUUCUGGAAACUGACUGGAGUAGAGCACAAAACUCACUUUUUAACCAAGGCCGUUGGCUCGCCUUAUUAUGGCUGCUACGCCCUGGCAGUGACCAUCUUUGGCAUCGGUGUUAUUCGAGACUCCCUCUACAAGACCGCGCUGGAGCAGCAGCCGAUCUAUCCUCCAUUACAUCAGCCGGAGAUCGGAGUUGUCCUCUUUCUCACUGGCAAUGUGCUCGUCUUGUCCAGCAUGUACGCAUUGGGCGUCACUGGGACGUACUUGGGUGAUUACUUUGGCAUCUUGAUGGAUCACAAAGUUGAGGGAUUUCCCUUCAACGUCACUGGCGCACCAAUGUACUGGGGGAGCACCCUUUCGUUCCUGGGCACGGCUUUGUAUUAUGGUCGGACGGCGGGUGUGCUCCUGACGUUGGAAGUGUUUGUGAUGUAUCUCGGUGCCCUGCGAUUUGAAGAUCCCUUCACCGCGGCAAUUUACGCAAAAAAGGAUGCGAGGCCUGUAACCCGGUCAAUGGCAAAGCAGAAGGAUCGAAAAAAGGCAUGA